AUGCUUACAGCUAAUGCUUUCAGUGUUUCGUGUGUACCGAGACAGGGCCAGAACCAGCUUCAGCAACUACAACAGCAUACCGCCUACGAGCGAAGCACUUCCAUCUACCCGCGGUGUCCAUCCCUCAUGCUUCGAGUUGUGAUUUUGCUUGGAAUCUCCGUGCUGGCUGCUGAAAGUUCUGGUUCUGAUGUCUGCGCGGUAGCAUUACAGCUCGAUGGUGAGACGAAACAGUUGACUUGGAAUGCGGAGCACGAGGACAUUGCCAUAAAAAUCGCUGAGUUUGCAGAGGCGCAUCAAGCAGGGGAGCUCGUCAAGAAUGAGGUGGAGCUUGUUCUGAGGCAGCAGCGGGCUCAACUGGCUCGAAGACAAGAUGUAGCCACACUGCCUUCCAAGAAUGGCGCGGCGUUGAAACAGGUAUUCCCGCCACGGAAAGGAGCCCAGAUCGCGCUUUAUAAUAGCCACGAGGCGAACAUCGCGAUCAGCAUUGAUGGGCGUGUGCAGUGUGUCCUGGAGUUGGAGCGUCUCUUCGGAGUGCGAUACUUCGCUCCAUCUGUCACAAACUCGACGGAGCGGCGGCAGGCCUGGUUGGAGGCGGCGAAGACCGUACGUGACCGCUGCGAGUGUGAGGGAGGGCCUUGCCCACGGCACUUCGACACCGGCAUCUUAGUCCGGCCGAGCUCCGAAACCGAAUCAAACAUCAUCGAAGAGGUCUUCUCCGUAGAUGAGUGGCGGUACAUCGACCAUCAGGAGGCACAUGCUGCAAUGGGCUUCUACGCAUCUUCAUUUCGGACAGCACUGGUCGUUGUCAGCGACGCGGCUUUCCACGUCUUCCAUGUUUCUCCGGGAAGUGUAAAGCGCUUGGCGCACCUAGAUUAUGGCUUGGGCACCAUGUACAUGCUGCUGGCCGGCCUUCUUCCGGAGGUCACCGGUCAGCCUCUUGAGGCGAGAUGUGGAUUUACUGGAAAGGCAGACACGCCCUUGUAUCCCGAGUUUUUUUCAGGGGACCUGUAUUUGCAGUGCCUUAGUUGGGCUGGAAAGCUCAUGGGAUAUGCUGCUGCUGGCACUCCUGCCGAGGAUUUGCAAGAGGUUGCGCGGGAGGCGUUCGAAGUAUCUGGUGCCAUGCCAAAAUUCUCCAUGGAGCACAUCAUGAGCGUCGCCUUCCCUGCGACACCAUUGCCAGGCCGAUUUCAUGACGCACUUCAGCAAGUUUGCGCAUCAGACGAGGGCCAACGCAACUUUGCUGCAUCAGUGCAGGCCGAGUUCGAAAGGAUCACGAACUUGACAGUGACCGAACUUGUUCGACGCGUGGGGCCGCGGAGCUUUGAUGGUGUUGUGCUUACCGGGGGCUGUGCACUGAACGUCUUGGCCAAUCAGCGCGUGCAUGAUACUUUGCAGGCCGGAGGUGUUGAUGGUGCAGAUAGUUUAGAUGUGUGGGUGCCGCCCUCGCCCAACGAUGGCGGCCUGGCCAUCGGAGGUUUGUGGUCCGUUGCUCCGCCGAUGGCACGCCAGCCGCUGCAGUACUUGGGCUUCUCGCUCUGGGAUGCUGAGAGCCUGGACGCGGCCGCAGAACAGCGCCAAGCCCGGAGCCUGUCGCAGUUGGGUGGCGUGGACUUCCUGGCGGAUUUGCUGGCCGGCCAAGGCGAGUGGGCGCUGAAGGGGACGGGGUUGGCACGGCCGAUCAUCGCUGUGGUCCGGGGCCGUCAGGAGUUCGGACCUAGAGCGUUGGGGCAUCGAUCCCUGCUGGCUGUUCCGGACUCUACGAUGAAGGACCGCAUGAAUCGUUUGAAGGCACGGCAGUGGUACCGGCCCGUGGCCCCGAUGAUCGCGGAGGAGGAUUUGGUCCAGGUCUUUGGGCGGCGAGUGCUGUCGCCCUUCAUGAGUAUGGCGCCUUCCGUCCGCCCGGAGGCACAACAGAAGUUCCCGGCUUUGGCCCACUUCGAUGGCACUGCGCGGCACCAGUCUGUUUCACGAGCCGACGAGCCUUGGGUCCACGCACUGCUCCUUGCUGUGGGCAAGCGCACCGGACUGGCGGCCCUCAUCAACACGAGUUUCAAUACGAAGGGCAAGCCCAUCGUCAACACGGUCCGCGAGAGCCUUCGGAUGCUGGAUGACCUGCCCGACCUGGACUAUGUGGUCAUCGGGGACUGGCUUUUCGAGAAAGCCCGGCCCUGA